UGUAAAUUGCAAAAGAAAUUUAAUCUCAAUGGCAUGCACAGGCCUGGAGAUGUAAUUCUGGGAGGGUUAUUUGAAGUCCAUUACAGUUCUGUAUUCCCUGAGCGGACGUUCACCUCAGAGCCAGACCAGCCUAGCUGCCAAGGCAUUGACACCCCUGGAUUCAGACAUGCCAUGACCAUGGCCUUUGCUAUUGAUGAGAUUAACAAGAAUUCAAAGCUACUUCCUAAUGUGACUCUGGGAUACAGUCUUUAUGACAACUGUGCUACACUUGAUAUUGGGUUUAGUGCAGCAUUGUCAUUAGCCAGUGGUCAAGAGGAGCAAUUUAGGCUUCUGGAGAACUGUUCAGGGACCCCUUCAGUUGUGGGGAUUGUGGGUGAUCCUUUCUCCACAUUUUCUAUUGCUGCCUCAAGUGUUCUUGGUUUAUUCAAGCUUCCUAUUGUGAGUUAUUUUGCCACUUGCUCCUGUCUGAGUGAUCGACAAAAGUUUCCAUCCUUCUUUAGAACAAUCCCAAGUGAUGCUUUUCAGGUCCGUGCUAUGAUUCAGAUUCUAAAACACUUUGGCUGGACAUGGGUAGGUCUGCUAGUCAGUGAUGAUGAUUAUGGACUUCAUGUUUCCAGAACCUUCAAGUCAGACUUUCUUCAGUUAAGUGGAGGUUGUUUGGCCUACUCAGAGAUUUUGCCUUGGGAAGAUCAUCCAAAUGAAUACAAGAAAAUUGUGGAUCUGAUGGCCAGAUCCACAGCUCGUGUUGUCAUUGUGUUUGCACUUAAAAUACACCUGAUUCAUCUCAUGACAGAGGUGGUGAAACAAAAUGUGACAGGCUUGCAGUGGAUUGCCAGUGAAGCUUGGACAUUAGUUGGUGGACUCCAUACCCCUGAAUUUAUGCCAUUCCUUGGUGGAACACUAGGCAUUGCCAUCCGACGAGGAGAAAUACCAGGCUUUAGAGACUACUUGUUAAAAAUUAAUCCUGAAGAACAGAACAGUGCAAACAACAUGGUGAAACAGUUUUGGGAAGAUACAUUUCACUGUAGAUUUUCAGCAAACUGGUUGGAAGCUGGUGGGACAGUUUGCACUGGAGAAGAAGAGCUUAGGAAUGCUGAGACUGAACUUUUGGAUGUGACUGAACUCAGGCCCGAGUAUAAUAUUUAUAAAGCUGUGUAUGCUCUUGCACAUGCCCUUGAUGACAUGCUGCACUGUGCUCCAGGGAGAGGACCUUUUAUUGGGCACAGCUGUGCCACUUUGCAAAAAUUAGAGCCAUGGCAGCUGAUGUAUUACUUGGAAAAAGUCAACUUCACAACUCCAUUUGGUGAUCAAGUAUUUUUUGAUGAGAAUGGUGAUGCCUUACCUAUCUAUGAUAUCAUGAACUGGCUGUGGCUCCCUGAUGGAAGCACUAAAGUUCAGAAUGUGGGUGAGGUUAAGAGGUCAGUUUUCAAAGGCGAAGAACUCACACUUGAUGAAAACAAAAUCUUCUGGAACUUUAAAUCAAACGAGCCACCUACAUCAGUUUGCAGUAAAAGCUGCCCUCCAGGAACACAUAUAGCAAGGAAGCGGGGAAAGCCUGUGUGUUGCUUUGACUGCAUCCCUUGCUCUGAGGGAAAGAUCAGCAAUAACACUGACUCCUUAGAGUGCACCAGUUGUCCAGAGGACUUCUGGUCAAGCCCCCAGCGAGAUCACUGUGUUCUUAAGAGAACAGAGUUCCUCUCCUACCAUGAGCCCCUGGGAAUAUGCUUGACAACCACCUCACUGCUGGGCACAUUUAUCUGUACUGUUGUUUUAGGAAUUUUCACAUAUCAUCGCAGCACACCUAUGGUGCGUGCAAACAAUUCAGAAUUGAGCUUUCUGCUUUUAGUAUCACUUAAGCUGUGUUUCCUGUGUUCACUGUUAUUCAUCGGAAGACCCAGACUUUGGACAUGCCAACUGAGACAUGCAGCAUUUGGGAUCAGCUUUGUGCUGUGUGUCUCAUGUAUCUUGGUGAAAACGAUGGUUGUUGUGGCUGUGUUCAAAGCCUCCAAGCCAGGAGGGGGAACCAAUCUUAAGUGGUUUGGUGCUAUACAGCAGAGAGGGACAGUUCUGGUUCUUACUUCCAUUCAAGCUGCAAUCUGCACUGCCUGGCUUGUCUCUUCCUCUCCAACUCCACAUAAAAACACCCAAUACCACAAUGACAAAGUGGUGUAUGAGUGUGCAGUUGGGUCUACAAUUGGCUUUGGAGUAUUACUGGGUUACAUUGGCGUGCUGGCUAUCCUUAGCUUUCUGCUAGCAUUUCUAGCUAGGAAUCUUCCAGACAACUUCAACGAGGCCAAAUUCAUCACAUUCAGCAUGUUGAUCUUCUGUGCAGUGUGGGUGGCCUUUGUUCCUGCUUAUGUAAAUUCUCCUGGCAAAUAUGCAGAUGCAGUAGAAGUAUUUGCCAUCUUGGCCUCAAGUUUUGGGCUAUUGGUGUCACUGUUUGGACCCAAAUGUUACAUAAUUCUGCUGAAACCAGAGAGGAACACAAAAAAUGCAAUCAUGGGCCGAGAAACCACCAAGCCAUAA